ACCUCAGACUUUUCCGUAUUCAUCACUCAUCAUUUCAUUUCAUCACCUUGCUCGUUUCACACUGUAUCUACAAAGAGGAAAGGAAAAAGGCAAAUUUGUAAUCACUGUUCAUAGUCAGAUCCAGAGAAGUAACAGAAGAGAGAUAAAGCAAUUGAAAUGUCAAGCGACAGCGAGGACGAGCUUCUGCAGAUCGCUUUGCAAGAGCAAGCCCAGAGAGAUCUCAAUUACCAGAAGACCCAAGCUUCGAAGACUUCGAAGCCAGUCGUUAAUCUUGUUCAACCACCUCCACCUCCUCAUAAGGGUUCUGCGCCGAAAAACCCUAGCGUAAAACCUGCUCAGAUGCAGAAAUCUCGUCGAGCUGCCGAUGACGAUGAUGAUUCUGAGGUUGAAUUGCUUAGUAUUUCAUCUGAAGACGAGGAUUCUUCUAAAGGUCGUGCUUUUGGUACUAAGAAUCGGGGUGCCGGCGGUGGUGGAAGAGGAGGGAGAGAUGAUACUGGUGAUCGGGGUUGGGACGGAGAAGAACCGACUUGUUGGAAGCAUGUUGAUGAGGCCGAGCUUGCCCGUAGGGUUCGUGAGAUGCGAGAAACAAAAGCAGUCCCAGUAGCUCAAAGCUUGGAGAGGAAGGGAUCAACCUUGGGUCAGAAAGGGCUUAACAGUUUACAGUCUUUUGCUCGUGGCAUGGAAUGUAUAGAUCCUCUUGGACUAGGGAUAAUAGAUAACAAAUCAUUAAGAUUGGUUACUGAGGCUUCAGAAAGUUCUCCAGCUAAGCCUGAUAGAGAUUAUUUAGAUGCAGCAACUCGUGAGAAGUUGAUGUAUUUUUCUGAGAAGUUCGAUUCAAAGUUAUUCUUAUCCCGGAUACACCAAGAAACAAGUGCUGCUGACUUGGAGGCUGGUGCUCUUGCUUUAAAAACUGAUCUUAAAGGAAGGACUCAACAGAGAAAGCAGUUAGUAAAAGAAAAUUUUGACUGUUUUGUCUCCUGCAAGACAACAAUUGAUGAUAUUGAAUCAAAAUUGAGGCGGAUAGAGGAAGAUCCUGAUGGUGCAGGAACUACUCAUUUGUAUAAUUGUAUACAAGGUGUUAGUUCACAGGCAAAGCGUGCUUUUGAACCAUUAUUUGAGAGGCAGGUUCAAGCAGAGAAGAUCAGGUCUGUUCAAGGAAUGCUCCAGAGGUUCCGCACACUAUUUAAUUUGCCAAGUGCAAUUCGUGGGAACAUCAACAAGGGUGAAUAUGACUUGGCAGUUAGAGAAUACAUGAAAGCAAAGUCGAUUGUCCUGCCUUCCCAUGUUGGAAUACUUAAACGUGUUCUUGAGGAGGUGGAAAAAGUGAUGAAAGAGUUCAAAGGCAUGCUUUACAAGUCAAUGGAAGAUCCACAAAUAGACCUAGCGGAUCUUGAAAACACUGUGAGACUGUUGUUGGAGUUGGAUCCUGAGUCAGAUCCAGUUUGGCAUUAUCUAAAUAUUCAGAAUAACAGGAUUCGGGGCUUGCUUGAACAAUGCACCUUAGAUCAUGAAGCAAGAGUGGAAGCUUUGCGUAAUGAGAUCCGUGAGAAGGCACUUUCUGAUGCAAAGUGGAAGAAAAUCCAACAAGAUUCAACCGAAUCUUCAGAUGUAGCCGAUUCAAAUAUUGUUGGAGAUGCUCAUUUCUCAAUAGAUUCAUUGUCGGUAGAUUUGGCUGCUGAAGAUGUGGAUGCACUGAGAGGAAGGUAUAUCCGCAGGUUAACUGCUGUUCUUAUUCAUCAUAUACCUGCCUUUUGGAAAGUAGCAGUUUCUGUCUUCAGUGGGAAAUUCGCAAAGUCUUCCCAGGUUUCUGCUGAUCCAAAUGUCAAAGCUUCCAGUAAUAAGCUUGAUGAUAAAGCUGGUGACACAAAGUACUCAACUCAUUCUCUUGAUGAGGUUGCUGGAAUGAUAUGCAGUACCAUAUCUGCAUAUGAAUUUAAGGUUCAUAACACAUUCCAUGACCUUGAAGAAUCAAAUAUUCUAUGCCCAUACAUGAGUAAUGCUGUAAAGGAAAUAUCUAAAGCAUGCCAAGCUUUUGAUGGGAAAGAGUCAGCUCCUCCUAGUACUGUUACAUCUCUGUGUGCACUCCAAUUAGAAAUCACGAAAAUCUACAUAUUGAGGCUUUGCUCGUGGAUGCGAACAACAACAGAAGAGAUACUGAAAGAUGAAUCAUGGGUUCCAGUAUCAAUCCUUGAAAGGAAUAAAUCUCCAUACACCAUAUCUUUUUCACCUUUAGCAUUUCGUACAAUGAUAUCCUCAGCAAUGGAUCAGAUAAAUUCGAUGAUAAUGAGCCUGAGGAGUGAAGCCACAAAAUCAGAGAACAUAUUUCUGCAUCUUCAAGAAAUCCAAGAAUCUGUUAGACUUGCACUUCUAAACUGUUUCAUUGAUUUUGCAGGUCAGUUAGAGCAGAUUGGAGGUGAACUUACACAGAGUAGAUCAAGCCAAGAAACUUCACACCUACAAAAUGGAUAUUUACAUGAACCUGAAGGGAAAGAUCAGGGUCUUCCACCUAGCAAUAUUGCUGGUGAUCCACAUCAGAAGUUGUUGAUAAUCUUGAGCAAUAUUGGAUAUUGCAAAGAUGAACUUUCUUAUGAGUUGUACAACAAGUACAAACAUAUUUGGUUGCAGUCUAGGGAGAAGGAUGAAGAAGAAGACAGUGAUAUACAAGAUCUAAUAAUGUCUUUCACUGCACUUGAAGAGAAGGUCCUGGCACAGUACACUUUUGCAAAGGCAAAUAUUAUCAGGAUUGCUGCUGUAAACUAUCUACUGAAAGCUGGAGUUCAAUGGGGAGGAGCACCUCCUGUCAAAGGUGUGCGAGAUGCGGCCAUUGAGUUACUGCAUACUUUCGUUGCAGUGCAUGCAGAGGUUUUUGCUGGUGCUAAGCCCUUGCUGGACAAGACACUAGGCAUUCUUAUAGAAGGUCUGGUAGAUACUUUUCUCAACCUUUUCCAUGAGAAUGAUACGAAAGAUCUGAAGUUAUUGGAUGCAAAUGGUUUCUGUCAGCUUAUGCUUGAGCUUGAGUAUUUCGAGACCAUAUUGAAUCCAUAUUUCACAGCCGAUGCACGUGAAUCUCUGAAAUCUUUACAAGGGGUGUUACUGGAGAAGGCCUCUGAAAGUGGGACCGAAUCAACUGAGGUUCCAGGACAUCACCGUCGGCCAACUCGUGGGAGUGAGGAAGCACUUGUAGAUGAUCGACAGCAAGGAAUGUCUGUAUCUCCAGAUGACCUAAUUGCUCUUGCACAGCAGUCUAGCUCUGAAUUUCUUCAAGCGGAGCUAGAGAGGACUCGCAUCAACACAGCAUGUUUUGUGGAUUCAAUUCCAUUGGACUCGGUUCCAGAACCUGCCAAAAUUGCUUAUGCCUCACCUAGAGGACCAGUGGAUUCUCCCAGCAGAAACUACAGAGGAAGACAAUCUGUUGGAUCCCCAAGUUUCUCACGCCAUAGGCGUAGAUGACCUGGUAAAUUACGUUUUUGUUCUGUUUCUCAUGUUUUUUAAUGUAAUUUGUGUGUUGUAAUCAUUGUUAAUUUUGUUAUUUUUUUUGUCAUCUUUGUAUUCUUUCUCUGCGUUGGUUUGCAAUUGGCCUGUGAUAUCAAAUGGAUAGAAGAGCAUAGUUUUGGGGAUCCAUCUUCCAAUAUCAAAGCUAGUGGUUAUCUAGUGAUUGUACUGUUAUAUCAAAAGGAAAUAAUCAUGACAAUUUUUUGAAUAAAGUCGAAAAGAUUCAUAUA